AUGGCAUUAACGCUUUUCUUGGUCCCCCCCCCCCUUGAACCGACUGAGAGCAAAGAGGUUUCACAGGAAGAAAAAGAAAUUGUAGACUUAGAGCAACAAAUUGAACAGCUGAUGAGUAAGAAGAAGGAAAUUAAAGCAAAAUUAGGGGGAAAUGAGACAUCUAAGGAAGCAGAGGUUGUGGAGGUGCUACAGCCAGGGGUUUUAAAAGUGCCAGUAGCAGCAAUUGAGAAGAGUUUCCUACAUCGAGAGUUUAAAAUACAAGGGGUAGUGGGAGAGCCAGGACAAAAGGACAAACUAGGGUAUCAGUCAUUGAUUUCGCAGAUAGAAGGCGGUCUGAAAAAGAAAUAUAGUGAAGUUGAAGUGAUCAAUGCUGUAAUUAGAGCAGUACAACCCGGUUUGCAGCUGAGAAGUUAUUUAGAAAGUGUGCCCAACCUUACUUUGCCAAAACUAAGGAAAAUUCUACGCUUCCAUUACCAUGAAAAAAGCGCUACAGAACUGUAUCAAACACUUGCUAACAUCACACAACUUCCAAAAGAAGACCCUCAAUCUUUUCUAAUCAGAGCACUAACUGUUCGACAGAAAAUUAUAUUUGCAUCAAAGGAGUCGGGCAGUAACAUCACCUAUGACGAAAGUUCUGUUCAAGGACUUUGCCUCCAUGCCUUAGAAACCGGUUUAAUUGACGAGACUAUCCGUGCUAAGAUGAGACCUACACUCAAGAACCCAAGUAUUGCAGAUGAAGAUCUCAUAGAGGCAAUGAGUAUGGCAAUGUCGGCCGAAACAGAGCGCCUCAAUAAAUUUGGUGCUUCGGGCAGAGCUAAACAAGCAAGUGUAUCUUCUCUGGAAAUGGCAAAAAGUAACAUUAAGGAAAAGAAGGAAGACGGAAGAGUGUUAGCUGCUCUUAAAGCAGUCCAGUCAGACAUGGCUACCAUGCAAACCGAAAUGAAGACACUGCAAGAGACAGUAUCUAAAGGACACAAACGGGAAAGCAGAGAGGAAAGUGGUAUGUAUGUACCGCUUAGUCAGCCGAAGCGUCAUGGAUGUCAGAAAUGUCAAGAUGAGGGUAUGCCCAAUGCAUGUGAUCAUUGUUUCAUUUGUGGUGGUUCAAACCACGUUGCACGAUAUUGCAGGCUUAAAAAUAGGAAUCAGGGAAACCGGAAAGGGCUGCCCCCGAGGGACAGGGAGUAGCCCCACCAAAAGAAUCAACAAAGUCCCAUCAUUGUAAUAACUGCUCAACGAAAGAAACAGUGUCUGGUGAAUUUAAUAUUUGUUCUGUGUGUAAACUUGUGCGAUAUUGUUCACGUAAUUGCCAAAAGAAACACUGGGAUGAACACAAAACACUUUGUACAGCUAUUAAGAACCUUUAUACUUCAACAGAGCGAGGAUUAGGAGAUUCUGCUGAUGAAAAUGUUUUUAUUAGUCACCUUACGCCCAGUCAAAGAAAUACUGUGGCGAAACUAGUAGGAGAAAAGUGUCACGUUCGAUGUGAGCUUAAUGGUACAGAAACUGACGUGUUAUGGGACACAGGAGCCCAGGUUUCAAUAAUACCAGAAAGAGUCCUGCGUGAAAAUUUCCCCAACCUUUUGGUUAAGGACAUUAGAGAAUUGCUAGCAAGUGGAGCAGACUUAAAGCUAGAGGCGGCUAAUGGGACUCGGACUCCCUACAAUGGACGGGUAGGAAUAAACUUUAGACUAUUGGAUGGUGUGACAAGUGAAAUUUCAGUACCAUUCUUAGUGACCAAAGAAGAACUUAGCAUUCCAAUUAUCGGUUAUAACGUAAUCGAACUGUUUAUUAAGGAUAAUAAUCCCGAACAGGUGCUACCAGCUGUAACGAGAAGUUUUGUGAAAACGGAUGCAAACGCUCUGAUUAACUUUAUUCGAAGUGACAGUAGUGAAAGUCUAUGUGCCAUAAGAACCUCAAAAAAGAAUGUUAUUAUUCCAAAAGGCGAGUCAGUUAGUGUGUCGUGCCGCGCUAACACUGGUCCGGUGCAAUGUGAUAGCCCAGUGCUAUUUGAGCCGAACAAAGAAGUCAAUUGGCCUUCUGGUCUGACAAUCCAGGAAAUUUUAACCACCAUCAAAAGGGGAAAGUCCAGCAUUAUAGAUAUCCCAGUCUCAAAUACUACUGGACGUGAUAUUGUUUUGCCCAAACGCUUAGAACUUGGUCGUCUUCAGUUAGUACGUUCUGUAACUCCGCUAGAAGUUAAAUUAAGUGAUGAGGGUACGGAAUACCAGGAGAACAGUCUUGCUGAUAAGUCGGAAACAAGUUGUAAAUCAAACUCGAAUGGACCCAAAGAAUCUAAAGUUCCUGAAGUAGACUUGAGUGAUUUGACAACCGAACAACGACGACAAGCAAGAGAAAUGUUAUGUCAGGAAGCGGACGCCUUUGCACAAGAUGACGAAGAUAUACAAAUGAAAAUCAACUUGACGGACCAUGAACCAGUACAGAAGAAUUAUCUUUCCAUCCCACAACCGUUAUACCCGGAGGUAAAAGCAUACAUCGAGGACCUGCUAAAUAGAAAUUUCAUCCGGAAAUCAAGAUCACCGUAUUCUAGCAGUGUAGUGUGUGUGCGAAAGAAGGAUGGUGGAAUGCGCUUAUGCGUGGAUUAUAGAAGUUUGAACAAGAAAACGGUUCCGGAUCGUCACCCGAUACCUCGUAUACAAGAAACAUUGGACAACCUUGGUGGGAACCAAUGGUUUAGUGCACUUGACCAAGGUAAAGCUUAUCAUCAGGGUUUUGUUGAUAGGCAGAGCCAGCCAAUGACAGCUUUCAUAACCCCUUGGGGUUUAUACAAAUGGAUACGGAUUCCAUUUGGGUUGACCAACGCGCCAGCAAAUUUUCAGAGGUUUAUGGAGAACUGUCUCGACGAAUUAAGGGAUAAUAUCUGUAUACCGUAUUUGGACGAUGUUAUUGUCUACUCUAAGACUUUCAGCGAACACUUACACCACCUACAACAAGUUCUGCAAAGACUGAAGGAACAUGGCGCCAAGCUAAAGCCGAAGAAGUGCGAAUUAUUUAAGAGAGAAGUGACAUUCCUCGGGCGAAUCAUUUCAGCAAACGGAUACCGAAUGGAUCCCAAAGCAACAGAGGCGGUAACGAAAUUGAAAGGAGUUAGACCCAAAACUGUCGGAGAAGUACGUAAAAUAAUGGGUCUUCUGGGCGUAUAUCGCAAAAACAAUCUGGUGUUGUGA